GUCAGCGAAUCAGCUGAUUGGACAUUGGUCGAGUGCUAGCGGUUGAUUUAAUUUUAGCAAAUGAGGGGACAGACGAUCAUACACAAUAAACAAUUACGGAGAUUUAUAACAAGAUGUUUGCUUUGGUUUUAAUCGGGCUUUUGGUGCGUUAUUCUGUGGCUUUAAAACCCAAUGUUUUGAUGGUGAUGAUCGACGAUUUGAGGCCAGCACUGGGGCUGUACGGAGACCCCGAUGCCUACAGCCCCAAUAUCGAUAAACUCGCCACAAAAAGCUUCGUCUUUACGAAUGUUUUUGCACAACAAGCCCUGUGCGCCCCCAGCCGCAACUCGCUCCUUACAAGCCGCCGUCCAGACUCUCUUCACCUGUACGACUUCUACAGUUACUGGCGCGACUCAGUGGGCAACUUUACCACUCUCCCUCAGCUUUUCAAAGACCACGGCUACUACACCCACUCCAUUGGCAAAAUCUUUCACCCAGGAAUCUCCUCGAAUUAUACCGACGACUCCCCUUACAGUUGGAGCGACAAACCUUUUCACCCCCAAACUGAAAAGUAUAAAGAGGCUAAAGUUUGUGUGACUUCAGACGGAACUUUUGCACGUAAUGUAAUAUGUCCGGUAAUUGUUGAUGCCCAACCUGGUGGGACUCUACCCGAUCUUGAGUCUUUAGCCGCAGCGAAAAAAUUCCUAAAAAGCUACAAGGGAGAAAAACCGUACUUUUUAGCUGUUGGAUUUCACAAACCGCACCUACCGUUGAAAUUUCCGGUGGAGUAUUUAGAUUACCAUCAAGGUGAGGUGGAGCUUCCGGUGAAUCGUUGGCGGCCUCCACUCUUGCCGACAGUGGCCUGGAACCCGUGGUUGGAUGUGAAAAACCGAGACGAUAUAAAAAAACUGAACAUUUCGUUUCCUUUUGGCGGAAUGCCAGACAAUGUUACCAAAGAAAUUAUUCGAAAUUAUAACGCCGCUACUAGCUAUAUUGACAGUUUGGUUGGUUCUCUGCUUGAUGAAGUUGACUCAAAUAAUACCAUUAUUGUCCUAACUAGUGACCACGGCUGGUCAAGAGGUGAACAUGGGGAGUUUUCAAAAUUCAGUAACUUUGACGUUGCCACACGUGUUCCUUUAAUUGUCCACGUUCCAGGAUUAAGCAAUGCGGAAAUAAGGAUUACCCAACUAGUUGAAUUGGUUGAUCUUUUUCCCACUUUAGUUGACUUAACUCAAGUAGCUCCAGCACUAGAAGUGUGUACCAAAAACGGCUCAAAUUCAAUAUUAUGUACAGAGGGACAAAGUUUAGUACCAAUAAUGGUUGCAAAUGCGCGGAAUCAACUCAACAAAGCGGGAGGAAAAAGAGCCGUUUUUUCGCAAUAUCCAAGACCUGGCGCUUUUCCUUCUGUAACUCCAGACAGUGACAGACCCCGACUUGAAGAUAUUAAUAUAAUGGGUUAUUCAAUAAGAACAACUAGGUACCGAUACACAGAGUGGAUUAAAUUUAAUCAUACGACUUUUAUGCCUGACUGGUCAAAAGUUUACGGUAAAGAAUUGUACGACCAUCUUAUUGACCCUUUAGAAAAUAUGAAUCUCGUUACAAGGAGCGAAUUGAGUUACGUUAUUGAUUCCAUGCACAAGCAGUUGAUUUUGGGGUGGAGAUUUGCUUAA